GCUUUCACAAACUAGAAAUGAAUGAUUUAAGUAAGUUCCUUAGGAUACUGUUUUUCCUAGUGAAAGUUACUGUGUGCCUUGUUGCUUAGACACUGGUAGGAACGAGAAAACGCCACUCUGAGCUCACCCUCACCAACAGUGGAGUCAUGCGUAUCCCAGGUUCUCUCCAGGCACACUUUCGGUAGUGUUACAGCUCUUUUAGAAUUUGUCUAGCAGGUCUUCCGGUCCUCACCGGAAGGCCCCCCACACAAGUUGUUUCUAACAAUAGAGCCGUCUGCUUUGGGUUGAAACUGUCGCCUAUCCUACCCGUGGUUUCGCGUCGGGCGUUCCGGUGCAGUGUCGCACGGAGCUCCGGGUUCGGGUUCUGAGCUGCGUCUCGAGGCUUCCGGCUACGGCGGAUGCUGCUCCCCCUCCGCGCCGUCCGCGUUGGGAAGUGCCCUAGGUGGUGGCUGUCUUGUCCCUGAGCCUUUUUUCCCGUUCGCCCUGCUGCACGUGCAGCUUCUGUCGCCAUAUGACGUCCGCCUCGGCCCAGCCAGCGGCCCUGAGCGCUGAACAGGCGAAGGGUGAGAGUCAUCCUGCCGGGGAAGAUGCGGGUGGAAGAUGCCGAGCGACAGCCGUGGCUACCUCCUCUGGGAAACGGGGUGGGGGACGCGAGUGGUCCUGGCGGAGGUGAUCCAGGCGUUCUCGGCCCCCGAGAACGCCGUGCGCAUGGACGAGGCUCGGGACAACGCGUGCAACGACAUGGGCAAGAUGCUGCAGUUCGUGCUGCCCGUGGCCACGCAGAUCCAGCAGGAGGUUAUCAAAGCCUAUGGCUUCAGCUGCGACGGGGAAGGUGUCCUUAAAUUUGCCCGCUUGGUCAAGUCUUACGAAGCCCAGGAUCCUGAGAUCGCCAGCCUGUCAGGGAAGCUGAAGGCACUGUUCCUGCCCCCCAUGACACUGCCACCCCAUGGACCUGCUUCUGGUGGCAGCGUGGCUGCCUCCUGAGAGUUGGCCUUCCCCUGUUCUAUUGCCAAGGAAGGGAAGACCGUGGUGUUCCAGAAGAUAAUAAAUGUGCCUGUGGCUUAA